UUCGUGUCAGUGAGAGGCGCGCGCCAGUGUCCGUCCGGCGCGCCGUGAGCGGAGAGAGAUGUUCAGCGGUCACUUCGGACCAGACCACCGGCCACAGGUACCACCUGCGGCCGAGCGAUGGCCGUCUUCAGGCGGUAAGGCCGCUCUCCGCCCGUCAUGACCCUCCCGCUGCUGGGUCUGGACCGGGUUUACCUCAGGAUUUCAGCCCGAAUGAUCCGCUUUCACGGUUUACCGAGCUUUGACUGGACAAAAAAAACAGUCCACGUCUCGUGCACGCUGACCUUCGUUAUCUCGCGCGCGGGCUGAACCGACCAAAGUGCAAAUCCACGUGCGACCGGGAGAGAGAGCGCGAGGACGGGACUGGACUGGACGACGGGAAGCCGGAAUGAUCAGCGGCAGAGGCGAAGACUUCAACGGAGCAGUUGCUGCAAUGAAGGCAGGAGAGGAGAAAUCACAGUGGAAGCUGUUUAUUGAGGAUAUCAGUGUUUUACAGCUGGUCAUGUCAUUCUUGUUUAUGGGUGUGUUGUGUCUGCUGUCGAUGUUGUACCUGAUGUUCACGCCACUGUGGCCCCUUCCAACUCUCUACUUCGCCUGGCAGCUCUAUGACUGGCACAAACCUGAGAGAGGUGGCAGACGAUCAGCGUUUGUGAGGAACUGGAAAGUUUGGAAACACUUCAAGGACUACUUCCCAGUGAAGUUGGUGAAGACAGCAGAGCUUAGUCCCAGUAAGAACUACAUACUGGGCUGUCAUCCGCAUGGCAUUAUGAGCAUGGGGGCGUUCUCCUGCUUUGCAACAGAGGCUGGUGGCUUUGCUAAGGCUUUUCCAGGUGUGCGCUCCACUCUGGCCAUUCUGGCCGGCCUCUUUCGCCUCCCAAUCUUCAGAGAUUACAUCUUGAUUGCAGGCUUGCUUCCAGUCAGUAAGGAAAGUCUAGAGUACAAGCUGAGCUGGACUGGUGUGGGCAAUGCAGUGGUCAUCAUCAUCGGAGGAGCAGAGGAGUCGCUGGCUUCCUCUCCUGGAGUGAACACAGUGGUCAUGAAACACAGGAAAGGCUUUGUUCGUUUGGCCUUAGAGAACGGAGCUGACCUGGUUCCGGUGUAUUCUUUCGGGGAGAACGAGCUGUUCCCUCAGGUGGUUCUGUCCGAGGGCAGCGUGGGCCGCAAGCUGCAGGCUCUCUUCAAGCAGGUCAUGGGUUUUGCCCCCUGCAUUUUCACGGGGGGACGCUGGCUUCUUCUGCCCUAUAGGAGACCGGUCAUCACUGUGGUGGGCAGCCCCAUAUCUGUGCCUUAUGUGUGCAAUCCAUCUGAAGAGCAGGUGGACCACUAUCACAUGCUGUACAUGGAGGCUCUAUCCAAACUCUUCCACACCCACAAAACCAGCUGUGGACUGUCUGAAACACACCAGCUGUGCAUCAUUUAAACACGCACGCACACACACACACACACACACACACACACACACACACACAUACAUACAUAUAUAUAUAUAUAUUAGUUUUAUACUCAUAACAAAGAGCAUUCCUUUUACCUUUACUGUAUUUCUGCAAACUGAGCUCAGUUUUCUUAACAGAUGACUAAUUACAGGAUGUACGUCUUCAAAAACUGACAGUACUUUAGUACAUUUUAUUGUUUUAACACAUAUACACGAAAUAAUUUAUGACUUAUUUUAGCCUACUAUUUAUUAUCAAAAAUGAGAGUACAGAUUAGUAAAUACACCAAUCAGGGCAUUAUUGAUUGUGACUCUGGCUACGCUUGACUUAAUAAAAACAAACUUACGAGAGGUAAAAAAUUAGGAAUAUAUUUGCUAAAUACAU